CAGACAGAGGGGCUAGUCUGUAAAACCUUCUGCAAAACCUGCAGCUCGCUUUGUCAUUUUGACGGAGACUCACCUCAGCUCCUAUAUCCUAAAGAUCUACACUUGUCUCUGAUUGUUUACGUUUUAUUCCUGAUAGCCAAGUUGCUGCCGAUGUUAGCUGUGUUAGCAGUAAGCUAGGUCUUUGUGUGGCUAGCUGUUUGUCGAGGAUGUUGUUUUACUAAGCAGCUCUCUCGUCUUCGGGGUAAGGAGGAGGGGAGGGUUGGCUGCGGAUGGACAUCUCGUCUCAUGCUGCGUUCAGAUCGCGGCGUCACAAUCACACAAAACGCCUCUAGUUGGACGCGUCUUCAUUUGAGGCAGACGCUUGAAACUCGUUGACGCGCGGCGGAUUUCGCCGAAAGUUUAGAUUGUUGAACUCUGGCGUCUGACGCCCGCGGCGUUGACGCUUGACCGCGCCGCGACGCACCACUAAGUGGCCUCUGAAACUACAGAGUACCGUGUACCGCCAAGGAACAUCGUUUCUCGGCCGAGGAAGGAGAUGGGAAACUGUCUGAAAUCUCCCACCUCCGAUGACAUCUCUUUACUUCACGAGUCUCAGUCGGACCGGGCCAGCUACGGGGACGGUGCCGACCCAGACCAGGAGCCGCCGCCCCCUUAUGAGGAGCAAAUCCACGUACCUGUGUAUCAUCCGACACCCAGCCAGGCUCGACUGGCCACACAACUGACUGAAGAGGAGCAGGUUCGCAUUGCCCAGCGCAUCGGCCUCAUCCAGCACCUCCCGAAAGGCGUGUAUGACCCCGGACGGGACAGCUCUGAGAAAAAGAUUCGAGAGUGUGUGAUUUGUAUGAUGGACUUUGUGUAUGGAGACCCGAUUCGGUUCCUGCCCUGCAUGCACAUUUAUCACAUGGACUGUAUAGAUGACUGGCUGAUGAGGUCUUUUACCUGCCCUUCCUGUAUGGAGCCUGUGGACGCCGCUCUGCUGUCCUCCUAUGAGACCAACUGACCCACUUGGCCACACUGUGUGCCAGCCUUUACUGUAUCAGUGGCUCGUCAGGACACAACAUUAAACUACACACGCAUUCCACCCACUUUCAUAAUGUGGAUCUUUUAGCUGUGAAGUGGACUUUUCAAAGUAGGUCUAAUUUUAGGGUGCUUAUUUCUCUUGGUGACUGUGUAUGUGGACAUGCUCCAUGUUCCUUCGUUGACCUGCUGGACAGGAUUUAACAUUAGGAUUAGAUUCAGAAGGAUCUGUCAGAUGAAGAAAUGAGAUGAAGAAAAUGCUGUUUUAUUCUAGACUUGUAUUGUUUUGUACUUAAAUUUAAACCACACAAUCACACAGUAGCACAUAUUCCUCCAUCCAUUGCUCUUAGUAUUUAAUUAUUUAUAAAACUAACAUGAUAUCUGGUUCAUUUGAAGCAUACCUGAUUUUGCAGUUGCUUGUUAUAUGAUGUGCACAGAGGCCUGGCUGGGCGUCUAACAGCUUGCUUUCGAUGCAAAUAUUUGACCACUGAUGGGCUAUGGAGACACAACCAAACCUUUGUGCAGGCCUCUGUGUUACCAGCGCAUGGACUGCCUCUUGCUGUCUUUAUAAUUAGUUUGUUGAUUUGUGAAAUGUUUAGUUUGUAUUUGUAAAUCAGCAUAAGGGCUUUCUUGUGUUUACCAGCAACACAAACACAGUAGAUGCAGAUGAGUGAGUGCUUUAGUUUUGGUAAUAUUGUGGUGUGUAUCUUAAAGCCUAAGAUGUUUUUGCAGAGUAGUGGCAAAAGCAUUUUAAAAAAGUCACAACAAUUUACAUGCACUUAUACCGUACAUAUGAGGGACUACACCACGUAAAGGGUAUGCAUUUACUGUUAUGGUUUAUUUCCAAGAGGUGCUCUGAGUAAAACUAUUUAUGCUGUAAACUUUAAGCACUUGCAAAAUUUCCACUUAGAUUUUGGGAAAAGAAAAUCAAAAUUUUCUUUCACCGAUAUUUCUUUGUCACCUUAAGUUAUACAAGGCCAACCAAUGGCUGCUAAGACAUACAGUACAGUUGUAAAAUAAUAGUAGUGCGAAGUCUUAAAUUACCCUUAGUGAAAUAGGCUGUGGGAGCCAAUCUGCCUUGUAUCUUUUGUCUCCCUUUAUAUGCAUAGAUUUUUUUGGAUAAAAAAAUCAAACAAUCAUCUUUACCCAACAACUUUUAACAAUCUUUUUUAUUGGGCUUUGCGUUGUUAUUAUGCAUUUUAUUUCCUAUGCAAAAUCAUCAUUUAAAUCAACAUUUUCACUAAACAAAUCUGGGAAUAAUUAGGUGGAAAAUGACUGCCAAGGAAAAAAGAAAUUUGGAGACAAACCCAUAAUUUCCUUACUUUUGAUGCAUUUGCUUUUACUUUGUGUCUUUGCCAUUUAUAAAAUAUUAGAACAAGCGACAUUAUCAGUGCUGUAAAAGUCAGGUCACAUUGGUUGUUUAUCUGUCUUAAAGUUUCUAAACAUUUUUAACUUCUCGCUUUAAACUUUCUGUUCUGUUUAUUGUCCACUUUACAACAAAAGCACAAAGUAUAAUUGUCGUAAUACCGUAUUUCUUCUGCCAGUCCACUUUGGCAUGUUGGUAAGAACUGAUACAAGUAAUCAUGCCAUGAGUGCUCUGCAGUGAGUGUGACCUUAAAUGGUAGAAACCCUGUAGUGGUUACUGUUGUGAGUGUGUGAGCUUUCUGUAUUGUUGUGUGACCGAGUUUGUGAAUAUUUGAGGUGGAUGCCAACACCUUUCACUUUUGCACAGUACUCAAAUUUCCUCAGCAAAUUAUUUCCUGUUUCUCCAUCACUGGUGGAGCUUCCUUGGCCUUAUAUUAUUUGUAAAUGCAACCUAAUGACAGCUGCCAUAAUUUCAAGAUUGGAAUUUGCAUUAUAUACAAAUAUAUUACAAUUGAAAUGCAGCUUUCUUCCUUGGUAGAUUGGAAAACAAAGGAACUAUUAAAUAUCCCCUUAAAUCCAAAUUUUUGAGAUUUUUUUUUUUUUUUUUGUCAAAGUAGGAUUGAAUGAAUGUAGAGUUGUGUGUUUUGAAUGCUUGUUUACUUUUAAGUGUAAAUAUGGUAUAUGUAUGAUAUGUACAACAGACAAAAAUAAAUUAACAA